AUGGAUCCAUUAUCACCCACGGUCCCAGCUGCAUCAAGAACCAGCCCCGCCAAACGCAAUCGAGUCCCGCUGUCUUGUGCUUCCUGCCGGGUGCGCAAGCUGCGGUGUGAUCGUCAUCAGCCUUGCCACAAUUGUGUGAUACGGGGAUCCAGUAACCUUUGCCUGUAUGCAACCCGUCCCAGUCGACGACAGGAAGUGAAUGGCGCCGCAUCUCAAUUCGAGAGCAGGGCCACAAGCCCGGUCCUUGGCCGGCUUUUUGACGGACUUCUCUACCGAAGUGGGAGUCACUGGGAUAGUGUCCUCGGUGAGCUGGCGGUAUCUCCCAUCCAAGAUGAGUUACCCAAGGAUAUGAGCAGUUAUCCAUAUGGAACCGAUCCUGAAUUGGACGAUGAGCUCCUAGCAGUCAUGCCGUCUCGCUCCGCAGCGGAUAGAUUGAUAUCAGCAUUCUUUGCUCCAUACGCUUUCGUUGGUCCAGCAAGGUAUUCGAUUCAUUAUCCGACGUUUAUGAAGCAGUACGAAGAAUACUGGGAGAACCCAUCGUCCAUUACUUUAUCGUGGUUAGCUCUGCUCUAUUCGAUAUUCAGCUUGGCAAUGAAAUUCCUUCCUGAUGCGCAAGACGAGUCGGGAAUGUCUGAGACGAUCGGCAAACUCUACCACAGCAAGUCUGGCCAGUGCUUGGAGCGCAUCAAAACAAAGCAGACCACUCUCCAGACGCUCCAAGCAAUGGUCACGCGCAGCAUCUUUGGUUUCUCUCAUCGUGAAGAAUGGGGAGCCGGAUUGAUCACACCCAUCGGCUCGAUCGUGCGCCUGGCCAUGAGACUGGGUUUGCACCGGGAUCCGUCCCAUUUCUCCAAUCCGACGCCGUUUGAGGGAGAGAUGCGCCGCAGGAUCUGGAGCACAAUCGCCCAGAUUGACUGCCUGUCCUCCUUUCAUCUUGGCAUGCCAGCUGCCAUCCGAACGGAGGACUUCGAUACGGACCCACCGCGCAAUCUCCUCGAUACCGACAUGGAAGAAGAAAUGUCCGAAUUGCCAUCCGCAAGACCGUUUUCAGCGAGUGUCCCAAUCGGUUAUUUGCUGGCCAAGAACAACAUAACCCGAGUAAUGAGACGGGUCGUCGAAUUUUUGAAUUGCGUACAGCCGCAGCGUUAUGAGAGGGUGUUACAACUGGAUCGCGACCUUGUUGAGGCGUAUAAGGCGAUUCCUCCCCAUUUGCAACUGAAGAACUGGGAGAAUGCGCCACACGAGCCUGCAUAUUUGAUGGUGCAAAAGGUCCAGCUCGACACGAUUUACCACCAAACAGUCACCGCAUUGCAUCGAAAGUAUCUUCAGGAAGCCCGGGGAGAUACAGCAUUUGCUCCGUCUCAGCAAAGAAGCGUUGAUUCGUCCAUGACACUGCUCCAACAUCAAGCCGCCAUAUACAGGGAGGCUCAGCCGGGAGGGUGUUUGAGCAGCUUCCAUGGAUACACCGUCACUCCCGACAGUGCGAACUUUAGCCUGGCUGCGAUGGUGCUGUGCUUAUAUCUGCAAUACUCGACUCGGACAGAGCAGGGUCCUUCGCAGAUGGAUGCCCGUCCACAGGAGAUAUUCCGGGCCCUCGACACUUCGCGCCAAAUUUGGAACAACCUGGCAGGUGAGAAUCAAGACGCAGGCAAGGUCGGACUCGUGCUUGACACGAUGCUGGAGCUGUUACGCCCGAAACUCGGUCUUCCAGAUUGUCAUCCACCAGCAAUUGACCUGGCAGACUCAGUCGAUGGCGAAAAAGGCCUUUCUUCCGAUCCCACUCUAACGAGUGGCCAGUCUACCUCUAUUCCCAGUUUACAUCUUGAGACAUAUGAAGAUAAUGCAAGGGACGCCAAUAUGGACAUCCUUGACCUGAACUGGGAUGCUUGGGACGCAUUUGUGCAAGGAGACGAUUUUGAGACUGCGUAUCAGAACCAUCUUCUCAGACAGGAUUCAACAUUCCCAAUCGAUGACCUUCUCAACCCGAGUACUUCCUCAGCUGUCUAG